UGAAACAGAUGCGACGUGAGACUGAAAGCUUUAAUCGUUGGAAGAAAGCGAAGGAACAGGAACUAAGUAAGUUAAAAGACCAAGAAAGAAAGCGUCAGUAUCAGAUGAUGCGAAUGGAAAAUCACUAUAGUAAGCAACAGAAUGUCUUGAAGAGAAAAGUAGAGGAAGCCCAUGCUAUUAAUAAACGGUUGAAGGAAGCAUUGGAGGUACAACGCAAAGUUAAACAGCAUAGCAGUGAGAAAAAUACAAACACAGAAAAUAUUAAAGACUGGAUCAAUCAAGAAUUGGAAUUACUAUUUAGUGUCAAUAACGCAGAACUCACUCUUCAGCGUUUGUUACAAGAUAGGUCAGAUCAUGCCGUAAAAUUAGAAAAGCUUAAGACUGACAAAAUGGCUCGGGAAUCUCCCACAUAUCAAAAUGAUUUAGAUGAACUCGUACAGAAUGUUGAAUUGCGAAGUGCACAAAUAGCACAACUGCAACGCGAGAUUUUAGAAUCUGACCAAGAGAAUAGGUGUAAGUCACGAUGGCAGACUGUGAGGUCCAUGGCCGAUGCCAAGACUGCUCUUAAUAUUGUCUUCGAAAUAGUAGGAGAUAUACAUAAAAGAGAAAUUGCAAAAAAUUGGGAAUACGAGGAACUGAUAGACACAUGUGAUCAGCAACAUCUUAAGAUUCGGCAAAGUGAACUUCAAGCAAUUGCAUUAAAAGCAGAGUAUGAGCAAAAACUUGCAAAGCUCCAAUCUGAAUACGAGCAGGAUGUUAUGGAUUGUAUAGAACAUCUUCGGGGUACUAAUGAAAAUUCCAAUAUUGAAAACACUGAGAACACAUGGUUGAAACGUGAAUUGAAAAUGUACAAAGAACGUUGUCAAGCCUUAGAGCAGGAACGCGAGGAAGCUUGGAAAAAUAACGAAUCGGCCAACAACUCGAAAACUACUGGCCAUAAAAAAACGAAAAAGUCUAAAUUCACGGUUGACGAAAACCAAGAUCCACGAGUAGUUUGGAAAGAUAUGUUUUCAGAUGAUAGUUUUGGCGCCGAUGACGAUAAUGAUAAUGAUCCUGAUUGGAGAAAAACACCACUAUACAAACGAACUAGAAAAACCGUAAGCGUGUUAACAGAUUUAAGCAAAGAUGAUGUUCAACCUUUAAAACGAUCAUCCGGCGGAGAGAUCAAAUGUUCGUGUAAAACGAACUGUUCCACGCGGUUGUGUACUUGUCGUCGUCAUAAAACAUCCUGUUCAAAUUGUAAUUGUCAAACAGAUAUAUGUAAAAACAGAAACACAAAAACUACGGAAUUCGACUAUUUCCCAGAUGAUCCGCGAGACACUACCGUGGACGAUGUCGCAAAACGUCUGAAAUUAGAAUAAAUGCACGCCUAAGCUUUAGCAUGUUAACUUGUGAAUUUUAUCUUAACAUUAACAUUAAAUGCACUAUUGAAUAGUGAAUUUUAAUUAAUAUCAUAGGUAUUCAAAAAAAAUAAUUUUUAUUCUGUAGACGUUACCUGUUAAGGUGGUCCGGUUAUGGUAAUAGAGAUGGUCAGAUUGAAACAGGUGGUAAAAGAAAAUUGUAAGAUUUUAGGUUCAACAAUAAAUGAGUGAAAAUAUAAGAUAAUCUCAA